GCGAAAGCCAUUAUACCAUAGAAGCAGAAGCACCAUAGAAGCAGAACAUUUCUUUUUGCCUACUCGGAAAUUACGAUACGAAACGUUGACCCUUCGGAAUAAAUACUGAGUCCGGCGGGGCCCUACUAUUCGAUUCAUAUCGAGUGAUUUCUGUAUUAGUGUAGAAGAAGCGAAAAACAUUCGACGUUGCGAACGGACGGAGAUUAGGUCGAUCCGCUCAUACUUACAUUUCUAGCACGCUGUGGUUAUCUGUCAAAUUGCUAAAGAUAACAUGGGUCCCGAGCCACAUGGUAAGAAAAUACGAUGCGUACUUUGUAAAAGUUCCAAGGAAAAUCUGACAACUGGGCCAUUAUCGACGAAAGAUUCUGUCACCGCUCAUCAGAACUGCUUGCUUUAUUCAUCUGGGGUUAUUUGCCAGAACUCGCCAGAGUUUGACGACUUGUUUGGUUUCACUGUAAAAGAUGUCCAGAAUGAGAUGAGGAGGGGAAACAGACUGAUUUGCUACAGGUGUGAGAAGAAGGGUGCCACAGUGGGGUGUGAGGUGAAACGCUGUCAGAAGUCCUACCAUUACCCCUGUGCUGUGGAAGACGGGGCCCACAACGUUGAAGACCGUAUUGAAGGGAAGUAUACGGUGUACUGUCAGAAGCAUAAUCCAGAGUUAGGAGCAUCCAAUGGUACAUCUUUGUCCUGCAGCGGUGAUUCAGACACAGAGAAGAACAACAAUGGAGAAACGUCAUCCAAGCUGUUUUGUGUCAUCUGUGAAAAGAAAGAGGAGAGCGUCAGUCUAGAACACAUUGACAGUGGCAUUUUCAAGUUGUAUUGUGAAAAGCAUAAACCACUGUCGUUGCAGAAAGAGCUGAAUGGACAUGCUUUGUCAGGACCCUCAUCUUGCAAGAGUGACUACAACACACCUGAAAACCAACGGCAGACACAAACACCCAAGAGAUGCUUGAACUUCUCUAGCAAGCGGGAAGUGACAUCAUCAAGAAAGUCCAAACACAGGAGGAUAAUGGAUAACUCCUCAGACUCAGAUGGAGAUGUGAAUAGGAUUGAUAUGGAGUUUUCCCCUCUGGAGUCCAAUCUAGAAGACCUUGUUAACUCUGAACACAGUAAUCAUGCUGAGACCCCCAUAGCUUCCACCACAGGAAAUCAGCCAGCACCUGAAGAUGGGGACUAUACAUUAAUAGACUCCGAUGCUGGGUCCCAGAGUCUUUUGCUGCCAGUGAUGCUGUGUGUUGCAUCUGAAGAACCCUCUCAGGCCACAGUGUGCAGUUCUGAGUCUUGUCAAGGUUCUGUUCCGCACUCACGUGGUUCACCACACGGCAGCUCUCACUCACCUGGACCUGCUAUUGAUCCCAUCUUGCCUGUCCACUCGCAUGACUGCUCAUCCGUCCACUCUGGUCCACUCAAUUUGGCCAGCACAGCUAUUGUGUGUUAUAGACCAGUGUCCUCUACUCCCUCUCCACACGCUGUCUCCCAGUGUCCCCUUGCAAGGCCUGGAGGCCCGGGUUCACCUGGGGAUUCUGGCUCCGGCAAUGCAGCCAGCAGGGUGUUCUGGAGGAGGUGUACCGAAGCAGGCUGUACAGAGUCCAUUUUCGCCACCUUCAUCUCUGACAUGGUCGGCAUCUCCAAGAGGAUCCUGUCAGAUCAGGCCAGUCAGGAGGAUUAUGAUCUCUCUCUGAGAGUGAUUGAGGCCUCUGGAAAAUUAUCACAGAUGCUUUCCCAGCAGGAGAGAGAGUUUAAGAAGAAGCAAAGGGAGCUACAGAGAGCUAUGGCAGCCAUAAGAGGAGCCAGGUCAGCCCUGAAAAGAUGAGCGGCACUGCCAGAAAUUACAGCCUUCAAAGUUCAAUUCACCUUUCCUCAUUUUUAAUUACAGCCAUAUUUAUCAUUUGAUUUAUCAAUGUUUUUUUAAAAACUUGUUCCGCUUUCUUAUCAUAAUACCAAACACAUAACCUAAUCUUAUAUUACCGUGUUCAUAUUUAUAUCUAGUAGAAGCAAUUGUCAAACAAGAAGAGGCUGGCUUUGUCACUUGCCAGAAAAGGGACUUUAUAGCUUCACCAAUGUAAAAAAAAAUAAUGUGCAGUACCAGUCAAGUUUGGACACGCCUACUCAUUCAAGGGUUUUUCUUUAUUUGUACUAUUUUGGGGGGGGUGGGGGUAUUUUUUAAAUUUUUUAUUGUAGAAUAAUAGUGAAGACAUCAACUAGGAAAUAACGUAUGGAAUCAUGACAUAACCAAAAAGUUUUAAACAAAUCAAAAUAUAUAUUUUAGAUUCUUCAAAAUAGCCACCCUUUGCCUUGACAGCUUUGCACUCUUGGCAUUCUAUGCUGAGCACUUGUUGGCUGCUUUUCCUUCACGCUCCGUUUCAACUCAUCCCAAACCAUCUCAAUUGGAUUGAGGUCAGGUGAUUGUGGAGGCCAAGUCAUCUGAUGUAGCACUCCAUCACUCUCCUUCUUGGUCAAACAGCCUGAAGGUGUGUUGGGUCAUUGUCCUGUUGAAAAACAAAUGAUAGUCCCACUAAGCGCAAACUAGAUGGGAUGGCGUAUCGUUGAAGAAUGCUGUGGUAGCCAUGCUGGUUAAGUGUGCCUUGAAUUCUAAAUAAAUCACUGACAGUGUCACCAGCAAAGCACCAUCACAUUCUUCACAGUGGGAGCCACACAUGCGGAGAUCAUCCGUUCACCUACUCUGCGUAUUACAAAGACGAUAGCUGUUGGAACCAAAGAUCUCACAUUUGGACUAAUCAGACCAAGGACAAAUUUCCACUGGUCUAAUGUCCAUUGCUCGUGUUUCUUGGCCCAAGCAAGUCUCUUCUUAUUAUUGGUGUCCUUUAGUACUGGUUUCUUUGCAGCAAUUCAACCAUGAAGGCCUGCUUUUACACUGUCUCCUCUGAACAGUUGAUGUUGAGAUGUCUGUUACUUGAACUCUGUGAAGCAUUUAUUUGGGCUACAAUCUGAGGUGCAAUUAACUCCAAUGAAUUUAUCCUCUACAGCAGAGGUAACACUGGGUUUUCCUUUUCUGUGGCGGUCCACAUGAGAGCCAGCUUCACCAUCGCUCUUGAUGAGUUUUGCGACUGCACUUGAAGAAACUGAAAGUUCUUAAUGUUCUGCAAUGAGGGACUGUUGUUUCUCUUAGAUUAUUUGGGCUGUACUUGCCAUAAUAUGGACUUGGUCUUUUACCAAAUAGGGUUCUCUUCUGUAUACCACCCCUACCUUGUCACAACACAGCUUAUUGUCUCAAAUGCAUUAAGGAAAGAAAUUCCACAAAUUAGCUUUUAACAACCACACCUGUUAAUUGAAAUGUAUUCCAGGUGACUCUCAUGAAGCUGGUUGAUGCAAGGAGUGUGCACAGAUGUCAUCAACUUAAAGGGUGGCUUACUUUGAAUAAUCUCAAAUAUAAAAUAUAUUUUGAUUUAACACUUUUUUGGUUACUACAUGAUUCCAUGUUAUUUCAUAGUUUUGAUAUCUUCUAUUUUUAUACAAUGUUUGGAAAUAGUAAAAAAUAAAGAACCCUGGAAUAAGUAGGUGUCUUUUGACUGGUACUUAAUAAAAAAUUAUAUUUUCCCCUAACCCUACCACCCCUCUCCUAAUCGGAGUAAAGUAAUGAACAAUAACACUUAAGCUUCUACUUCCAGUUUAUACAUACUAUAUACAUUUUACAGACAAUUUUAUAAUAGUUAUCUUUUUUUGUUUUUAAUCCCACCCUUCAGCUACCACCAACCCCUCCCAUCUAUCUCUUAACACCAUCCAUGUUUUAUUUAUAUUUGCCAUAUUUUUCAAUUGUGCUGUGAUGCUUCACAAAAGUUCUGAACCUUUCUAUUCUCAUAGCUUCUACAGAUUGUAAAUUAGUCAAUAGUUUUGGCAAAAAUGUUUGACUUUUCAAAUCACCCAGUUGUGCUAUCUGCAGAUUUCGCUCCAGGUAAAUGUGACCAAAAACAGGCUACAUAUGGACAGUACCAGAACAAAUGAUUCUGUGUCUUUGUACCAUAUUUGCAGAGCUGGGGAAGUUGUAUACCCAUAUAUAUAUAUAAAA